AGCAGUGGCUGCAGUCAGGGCAGGACUGGUAGUGUGGUAAUGUGACUGCCUCCAGUCACUGACAGUGUGCUACUGCAGUCAGUCAGUCGGUGCUGACUAGACCGGCUGGUUGCCUUACUGUCACACUGACACAGUAAUCACUGUAGAUACAGGUAAAGACCCAAGUAAGGAAAUGCGGGAACCAUAAAUAGACAGAGCGUUUACAAAAUACAAAGACAUUUCUCUCCAUAAAGCUACCGGAGCAGCUACUAGGACCAACUUCUCUCUCUCUCUGUCACUGGCUCUGGACUCCCCCUAUACCGUUAGAGGCUGACGGACAACACAACAACACAGACCGAGGUCUGAAGGCCUCCGCGGGGAUAUUUCUCUUUUUAAAAAGAAGUCCAAGUAUCAUCCUAAGAAGUGAGGGUUUAGUUGCAGAGAUGAUGGCAGACAGUGCAGGGCUGCAAUUUGUCAGCUCCUAUGCUUUUGAAGCCAUGCAGAAGGUGGAUGUGGGACGCCUGGCCGCUCUGAGUGACCCUGAGCUGAGGCUGCUGCUGCCCUGCCUGGUGAGGAUGGCUUUAUGUGCUCCAGCUGAUCAGAGCCAGUCCUGGGCACAGGACAAGAAGCUGAUCCUCCGCCUGCUCUCUGGAGUGGAAGCUGUCAACUCCAUUGUAGCGCUUUUGUCUGUUGACUUUCAUGCCUUGGAGCAGGAUGCACGAAAGGAGCAGCAGCUUAGGCACAAGGCAGGUGGCUCUAACGGAGAAAGCAUCCUGGUGUCACAGCUACAGCAUGGCCUGACCCUGGAGUUUGAACACAGUGAUCCCCUCAGGAGACUCCGUCUGACCCUCAGUGAACUGUUGGCUAUCAUGAAUAAGGUGGUCGACUCAAAUGGAGAGUUUUUCUUGAAGUCCUCUGAACUCUUUGAAAGCCCUGUUUACUUGGACGAGGUCGCCGAUGUCCUCUGCAUUUUACAAGCAGAGCUGCCUUCCCUGCUCCCCAUCGUGGAUGUGGCAGAGGCUUUGCUUCAUGUCCGCAAUGGAGACUGGUUUCUGUGUCUGUUGGUUGCCAAUGUCCCUGACAGCUUCAAUGAAGUCUGUCGAGGUUUGAUCAAGAAUGGAGAGCGUCAGGAUGAGGAGAGUGUGGGUGGUCGACGCAGGACUGAAGCCCUCAGGCAGCUCUGUCAGAUGAACCCCUCACAGGCCCUCAACAUCAGAGCUAUGGUGGUGGAGGAGUGUCACCUGCCUGGUCUGGGUGUGGCUCUGACUCUGGACUACAGGCCAGAUACACCAGAUGAGGCAGUCAGUCCCCUAGUCUCUUAUGUCAGCGGUCUACUACUGGGUACCAAUAGCAAAGUCCGUACCUGGUUCAGCAUGUUCAUUCGCAACGGACAACAGCGAAAGAGAGAAAGCAGCUCUGUGCUGUGGCAGAUGCGCAGACAGCUGCUGCUGGAGCUGGUCGCCAUCCUGCCACGCUCACGCAGCACCCACGUGCCCAACGACGGUGAUAUGGGAGAGGAGGCCAGCUCAGGGUACUCUGGCCUCAGAGAGGAGCAUGUGGUGAAGGCCAGCGCUCUGCUCCGACUCUACUGUGCUCUCAUGGGCAUUGCGGGCCUCAGACCCACAGAUGAAGAGGCAGAGCAGCUCUUGCAGUUGAUGACCAGCCGCCCCCCGGCCACUCCUGCUGGCGUCCGCUUCGUCUCUCUGUCCUUCUGCAAGCUGCUGGCCUUCCCUACUCUGGUCAGCACUCCAGAGCAGGAACAGCUGAUGGUCAUGUGGCUCAGCUGGAUGAUCAAAGAGGAGGAAUACUUUGAGAGUGCUGCAGGCGUAUCUGCUUCUUUUGGAGAGAUGCUAUUACUGGUUGCCAUGUAUUUCCAUAGCAACCAGCUCAGCUCCAUUAUUGAGUUGGUGUGCUCUACUUUGGGGAUGAAGAUUGCCAUCAAGCCCAGCUCUCUAAGCAAGAUGAAGACAAUCUUCACACAGGAGAUCUUCACAGAACAGGUGGUUACAGCACAUGCGGUGAGGGUUGCAGUGACCAACAACUUAAGUGCCACCAUCACAGGAUUCCUCCCCAUUCACUGUAUCUACCAGCUGCUCCGUAGCCGAGCCUUCACCAAGCACAAAGUGUCCAUCAAGGAUUGGAUCUAUCGCCAGCUCUGUGAGACAACCACCCCCAUCCACACCCAACUGAUUCCCCUAAUUGACGCCUAUAUCAACUCCAUCCUCACUCCAGCAUCAAAGGCCAAUCCAGAGGCCACCAACCAGCCCAUCACGGAGCAGGAGAUCCUUAAUGUCUUCCAGAGCUCUGCUGGGCAAGGGGAGGGCAGUCGAGGAGGACGGCAGCGCUACUCCAUCACCACCCAACUCCUUAUCCUCUACUACAUCCUGUCUUAUGAGGAGAACCUGUUGGCGAGCACCAAACAACUGGCCCUGAUGCAGAGGAAGCCAAAGUCCUACUCAGCAGCCUUGAUGGACCAGAUCCCCAUUAAGUAUUUGGUUACCCAGGCCCAGGGACUGCAGCAGGAGCUAGGGGGUCUGCACUCUGCCCUGCUGAGGCUGCUGGCCACCAACUACCCCCACCUAUGUCUAGUGGAGGACUGGGUGUGUGAAGAGGAGGUGACUGGUACGCUGCCCCUGCUGAGGAGGAUGAUGCUUCCCAGCAACACCUGCAGAUACACUCAGAGCCAGCUCCACCAGGCCUUCCAGAAGUUACCGUCCAGCAGUCCCAGGCUGAUGCGGAUCCUGGAGCAUUUAACGCUGCUUUCACCCGCUGACCUGAUCCCGUAUGCAGAGGCCCUCACAGCCAGCAUGGCUCUGCUGCUGGAGCCCGCUGUGCCUCGCCGAAUACUGCAGACACUUAACAAGCUCUGGAUGGGCCUCAACACUGUGAUGCCCCGCAGGUUGUGGGUGAUGACCGUAAACGCCCUCCAACCUUCAGCUAAGCUGCUCAGGCAGCAGACGUACACUCAGAACGACCUGAUGGUGGACCCUCUCAUUGUGCUGCGCUGUGAUCAACGGGUGUACAGGUGUCCUCCUGUGAUGGACAUUGUGCUUCACAUGCUGAAUGGCUACCUGCUGGCCUCAAAAGCCUACCUACACUGCCACCUGAAGGAGACGGCUGACUUUGAUCGGCAAAGCCAGACGGUCUCAAACCUGGGCGUGCCCGGACAGCCAGAUACACCCGAGGUCACCAGGGAGGAGCUGAAAAACGCCCUUCUAGCUGCACAGGACAGCGCAGCAGUCCAGAUUCUCCUGGAAGUUUGUCUGCCAACCUCCGAAGAGCAGCAGCUGGGGGCCAACACAGAGAGCCUGCUGAGUAGCAUUAGGGGCCCCUUGCCAGGGAAAUCGAAACAGGGAAGCCUGGGGCCGCGAGCCAGGGGGGGCGUGGAGGACGCCGAGCCAGAGGGAGGCCUGCUCAGUGACUUGAGGGAGGUGCAAUGUCUCAUCUGUUGUCUGCUGCAUCAGAUGUUCAUUGCCGACCCUAACAUUGCCAAAUUGGUCCACUUUCAGGGUUACCCUCAAGCUCUGCUGCCUCUAACUGUGGCAGGCAUCCCCUCCAUCCAUAUCUGUCUGGACUUCAUCCCAGAGCUGCUGGCCCAGCCCCAGCUGGAAAAGCAGAUCUUUGCAAUCCAGUUGCUGUCGUACUUGUGCACCCAGUACGCGCUACCCAAGUCCCUCAGUGUGGCCAGGUUGGCCGUCAGUGUCAUGGGCACCCUCCUCACAGUGCUGACUCGUGCGAAGCGCUUCUCCUUCUUCAUGCCCAUCCUGCCAUGCCUGGUGGCCUUCUGCCAGGCCUUCCCUCCGCUCUAUGAUGAAGUCGCGGGUCUGCUAGUACAAGUGGGCCAGGUUUGUGCCUCCGAUGUUGCCACCGAAGCCAGGGACAUCGACCCUCUCAUCGCCCGCCUGCAGUAUCUGAAGGAGAAGCCUCAGGGGUCUGCGGCUCCAGGGGGAGGCUCCUCCAAGCUGACUUUACCUCAGAGGACAGCAGAGGACCUUGGUGGAGCUGACCCUGAUGUCCAGCUCUGCUACUGUGUAGAGGCCACCUUCAUGGACAUCAUCAGCUCCACCCUUCAUGGACUAUAGACACACACAUUCUAGAGGAAGAGGAGGGACUGGACUUAAACCAACAACUCUAAACACUGCCUCUGAAAGACAUCAUACUCCUGAGAGGGCUACUGUCAAUACACAUCCGUUCAUCUUUAACAAAUGGACUCAGACCGAUGUCACCUUUGUCAUUGGCUUACCUACACUGUAAGGUUGUGGGUUACUCUCAUUCUGUGCACACGAUGGCAAAUGUUGUACUGCAUAUCCAUUCUAGUCUGUUCAGUCCGGACUGAAGUCAAGCACUGAAAACUCCAUCCUCCAUAUCGUUUCACCCCCUGUAAAUAUAUCAUGAUUUGCAAUUUAUUUAGAAAAUGUAUGUUUAUGUGAUCUGUCAGAGUUUUUGUAGAAAGUAAAAUACUGAAAAUGUUAAAUGGGUCCAUUUUAUUGACCUCUAUAGGCAUAUUUUUCUAAGCUGUAAGUGACCUUUUCUCAGCAACUGAAAAAAAGAAAAAUGUUGCCUUGAAAUAAUAAUGCAGAGCUUUUGUAGGCUACUGUGUUUGUUUUUAAUAAAACAAAGAAACCCUUUCA